AAAUCACGCUAUCGCCGACUUCGAGAACAUCGGUCCGAGCCUGAAAAUCCCAAGACAACUCCGAAGAAGCAUUUCGGAUCAACAAAAUGGGCAAGAAGAGGGAGAGAGACGAGCAGAACCCCGCCCAUGACGGCGACAAGAUGGAUGAAGAUGACUCUGAGGAUGACUUUGACGUUGUGAACGUCGACUUUGAGUGGUUCAACUUUGAUGCCGACAUCGACUUCCACGGCACCAAGGCUCUUCUCCGCCAGCUCUUCGACGUGGACGCCGUCAAGUUCAACAUAUCCGGCCUCGCAGACCUCGUCAUUUCCCAGCCCACCAUCGGCUCAACCGUCAAGGUCGACGACAAGGCGAACGAUGCCUAUGCCCUCAUGACAGUUCUCAACAUGCACGAGCACCGCGACAAGCCGGCGUUCGCCGACCUCACCAAGUACAUCAUCGAGAAGGCGCAGACGAACGAGGCGCUCGCACCCAUCCCCCGAUUGCUCACCAGCGGUGAUCAAGUCGGUCUCGUGCUUACGGAGCGUCUCAUCAAUAUGCCGACCGAGAUUGCGCCGCCCAUGUACCGCAUGCUCAUCGACGAGAUCGAGGCUGCCGUGGAGGACAAGGAGCCGUACGAGUUUACACAUUAUCUCGUCCUCUCCAAGACGUACCGCGAAGUCGAGCCAGAGGCUGAGCUGCGCACCGAGCGCAAGGGCAAGAAGCAGAAGGGUGAGGAUGGCUCCAUGUGGUACUUCCACCCGGAGGAUGAGGUUACGGCCAAGCACGCUGUCGCUCACGGCGCCUACUCUUACUCCCACGAGAACGAGGGCUCGGCGGAGAGCAAGAGGGCGUUCCAGGAAAUGGGCAUCAAGCCGCAGGGUUACUUGAUGCUCGUGGAGGCGAGCAAGUGGAAGGGGGCUGUGGAUGCCGUAGAGCAGUAUCUCAAGCCGCAAUGAAGAAAGAUCCACUCGAGG